GCUGUCUCUGGCGGCAGAUUUGAAAGCCACGGCUGGCGUGUGUGCGUCCUGUGGAUUUCUGUGUCAUCUUGAGUCUGACUCUCUGCUCUUCCCUUCUGCAGGUUUUUACCCUUUUCAUAAACAUGGCGAAACCUCUCAAGCCGUCAUUGUUUAAAUCCAUCACUGCUGGUGAGUCAUUCUAUAGCAGCCAGAACUCUUCUUCUCCAGAAAUCAUUGAGAAGGUCGGUAAGGCUGUGGCAGAGGGGGGUUUACAGAAAGUGAUAUACACAGUCAAAGAGGAAAUGCAGAGUAAGUCUAGAUACACGGUAAAAAUCGCUGUGACUGGGGACUCUGGCAAUGGCAUGUCAUCUUUCGUCAACGCCCUUAGGGGCAUUGGACACGAGGAGGAGGAUUCAGCUCCCACUGGGGUGGUGAGGACCACCCAGAAACCAGCCUGUUACUUCUCUUCCCACUUACCCUAUGUGGAGCUGUGGGACCUGCCUGGCACCGGGGUCACAGCCCAGAGCAUGGAGAGCUACCUGGAUGAGAUGCAGUUCAGCGCAUAUGACCUUAUCAUCAUCAUUGCUUCUGAGCAGUUCAGCUCGAAUCAUGUGAAGCUGGCGGAAGCCAUGCAGAGGAUGAGAAAGAGGUUCUAUGUCGUCUGGACCAAGCUGGACAGGGACAUCAGCACAAGUACCUUCCCUGAACCCCAGCUCCUGCAGAGUAUCCAAAAGAAUAUCAGGGAGAAUCUCCAGAAGGCUCAGGUGAGGGACCCCCCCAUAUUUCUGGUCUCCUGCUUUAGUCCAUCUUUUCACGACUUCCAAGACCUUAGAAACACACUGAAAAAAGACAUCCUCAACAUCAGGUACAGAGAUCCCUUAGAGACCCUUUCUCAAGUCUGCGACAAGUGCAUCAACAAUAAGGCGCUCUCUCUGAAGGAGGAUCCGGAGGCAGCUGUCAGCCCCCCGUAUGAUAUUGCUGACCUGGAGAGGAGUCUGGACACCUACCAGAAGCUCUUUGGUGUGGAUGAUGAGUCACUUAGGAGGGUAGCUCAGAGUACAGGGAGACCGGAGAUGAGCACCAGGGCCUUGCAGUUCCAGGACUUGCUCAAGAUGGACAGGAGACUGGGGUUGAUGACGUGUUUUGUCGUGAACAUACUCCUCAGGGUUCUUGGAAGCCCAUGGUGGUUCGGCUUGUGGGAUGUCGUUACCCGAUACUUCAGACACCAGAGACAGAAGCGCAUCAUUGAAAUAGUUGCUAAGAACACCAAGACCUACUUGAGGAGCGCUCUAAAGGACUAUACACUUCCUCCUGAAAUCCUUUGUGAAGGGUCUGGCGUACCCUCAAGUGGAAUCCAGGCUGCCUCAGGGUCUUUUUGCAUAGAGCCCUAGCUAUUCGCCAGAAAGCAAGAACUGCAGCAACACCUUGUAACAAUGCUUAAUAAAUUUAGAGGACUUCAGGAAACCGCUCUCCUUCCUGUCUUCAACUCUAAUACCCUGUUCCUUCAAAGUGCCAAGUACUUGC